UGAGCGAACGUACUCGCGGUGCAACGAAACAAAAGCACAACCCAUCCAUAGCAAGUUAACGCGUCACAAAUCAACCACUACUGCUACGUGGGUGAUAAACAACAACUAAGCGCUAAACAUAACACGAAAGUUAAACUGCUGUUUGCAAGAGCCCGCAAUGCAUGCUGGGUAGUCCACUGACAACAACAUGAACUAUGAAUGAUAAAACACUGAAUAUCAAUGUUACCGUUCCUCCUUUACAAGCCUGACGACCUCCUCAACAUGUUUUGCAAUCAAGCAAAAAUGCGAACAAACCCAGCGAAAUGUUUGGAGAGAGUACCACAAGCUGCCCAGCAUGCCUUGCGGCGGGAAUAUGUGGUCAUUUUGGCUUGGGUUUAUUUGUAUGCCCACAUGGGGCAAUAGGUAGGUUACGUUGUGCGUAAUGUGUUGGUUGACGUGUUGUUUUUUCUUUUUUUGUACAAGCUACAGACUGCAUCUUACUAUUUCCCGUGCGACUCAAGCGUGCCACAGUAGCACUCCAAGUCAUGUUGCCGGCUGCAGCUUCGAUGGUUAAGGUUUAAAAGAAAAGCAAUUUGGAAACACCCGGUGGGCCGGAUUGAGAUUCUUGGCGGGCCCGAUGGUGCCCGCGGGCCGCGGUUUGCUCACCCCUGCAUUACACAUUACUUUCAAGUAGAAUGCGUCCCAUGUUGCCAUUAGAGCCUUUAAUAAGUUGUGUAUGUCAUCUAUGCAUAUUUAAUUUGGAACUACCAUAACACACUGUAGUGUAUCGAGUUGAUUUUCUCCGCUGUAUGUUUGUGUUCAAAAGCACUUUUUAAAAAUAAUCACUGUGACCUUAGAUAAUGUUUGAAUAAAUGAACUGUAUUCACACAUACAUGUGUGCAAUUGUGUUUUACCUGUCCUACUGAGCAAAGCAGAACUAACUUAUUCGUAGUCAUUUAUUUAUUUUAUUUUUUAGCAGCGGGGGAAGAAUGUAAAAACAUGAAAAAGAACGGUAGAAAUUGCUAAAGCCAAAUGAUUUAUUGUUCCGGAAGGAAAAAGGCUGUUGUUGGAGAUGAAAUUCUCCGCAACCUAAUUUCACCUCCCCUUAUGCUUUUGUUAAUCUCCAGUUCUGAGAAGGAAAGAAGACGCACACGCUGGUAUUAAAGGUACAAAAUGUAUUGAAAAAUAAACCAGACAGAAUCAUUUCACAUUCUUCGGACACCCGGGCUAGCUGUCUCUCCAAAUGUGGCUUCCUGACCAGAAGGAGAGAGAGCCGCCUUUUUAUAAUCGUUUUUCUCAGACCAUUGGCGCCAAUGUCUCCCCAGAAAACUGUCUCGCGGAUUCUUUGACGAAGUUGUGUGACGCCAGCAGGUGAUGGUCUGAUCUUUUGCUGACUUGACACUUUUCUUGCGGAAAUAGCACAUACUUUCCCAGUCUGUCUCAAGGCCUAACUUUGACUAUGUUUUUGUUCCCAUAUCUGGCUGCUGUUCCUGACUGGCCUUCGCUGAUUGUACACUCUGUGUGAGCUGGCACUAUUUCUGCUUGACCUUUGACAUACUCAAACAGUUGUUCAUCUGCUCAGCUAAAAUUAAACAGCUGUUUAAUCAAGCAUUAUUUCUAGAAACUACUUGUACUCACUCACUUAGUUAAUGGAUUCAUCGAUAAAACAGUUAUCAUUACAUUGUACCUAUAUGAAGGCACUGGGUUAAUAAUUCAAUCAAUGAAGAUCAAUAAAAACAGGUUGUCUAAAAUCUAUUUGGAAUAAAUAUUUAUUCACUCAGCUAACAAGUUAAUAAAACAUUAUCCUACACUGUGAAUAUUUCAAAUUUAUGCAAUUACAGUGUUCCCUCGUUUAUCGUGCGGGAUAAGUUCCCAAAAUAGCCCUCAAUAAGUGAAAUCCGCGAAUUUGCCAACUUUAUUUGUUUACAGUUAUUAUAUGUUUUAAGGCCGUAAAAUCCCCCACAAUGCAUCUGAUACACUUUUCUCAGACAGGCAUUAACAUUGUCUCACAUUUUAAACAAGCUCAAAGUUCAAAUUUUGUUUGGGUUUUAAUGACCGAUCUACUAGGUUGGACACAAGAAAUUACUAAGUGACUCACUCCUAUUCACUCCUCUGACCGUGCUUCGCUGUGGCGUUUUUGUAUCCUUGCGUUGGAGAUGAAAUUCUCCACAACCUACUAAAGGUCAAAGGACCACUUUGGAAAAUUAAUUAAGCCAAUUUCACCUCCCCCUUACGUGUUCGUUAAGCUCCGGCUAUGAGAAGGAAAGAAGACUCACACACCAAAUUAGAUUUACUAAAUGUUUUGACAGAAUAUCUUAGGAGUCUACGAAGUCUACGAAGCCUCGAGAGAGUCUCGAUCGAUAGUCCCAUCUGCCGUUUUGUACUUGUUUUGCUCAGACCAUCGGCGCCAGUCUCUCCAACGUUAACUUUCUCUCCCGGAUUCCUUGACGAAGUAGGGUGACGCCAACCGGUGAUAGUGCCGAGUUUUGACUACAUUGUGGACCACAUGUGGCUGCUGACCCUGGCUGGUGCAAGCUGUUUGUACACCAGGUGUAAGCACCACACUGUUUCUGUUUCACCUCUGACACACUUAAACAGACGUUCAUCUACUUAGCUAAUUAUUUAAUAAAGCAUUAUUUCUAGAAACUACUUGUAAUCAUUCACGAAGUUAUUAGAUUAAUUGAUUAAACAGUUAAAUCUAUACUGUACUCAUUUUAAGGCGCUCAACAAUAAUUCACUCAAUAGACUUCAGUGCAGUUAUUCUAAAAUCCACUUGUAUUCAUCAUUUACCCACUCAGUCAAUUCAUUUUUGCCUCCACUUAAACAUAUUGCUCCUGCCAUUGAACCAACGAUUCAUUUAGCUGCGUCUUCUUCUGUUGUUUAUUGGCGUUUAGCAAGCAGCUCAAGUAGUUAGCCAGUUUGCUAGCGACGGCACAGAGAUUGAUUGACAAUGGUCUACAGCCAAUCAGGAUGCAGGAAACAUUGAAGAGUUCUCCCUUAACCAAUAAGGACUGUUGUGGUUCUAUAUUUAGCCGGCUACAGGCUACUGCGGGUUCCUAAUAUGCUCGUACACGCACGUAAACACACUGAGACGAGGUGGAGCUGCACAUGCCUUCAACAUGAGUAUACAUCACCCUCUAGUGGUAGCAGUAGUAAAUACAAUGACAGACACAUAAAAACAGAGCACCGAUAGAUCGCUGUAAUACACCACAAGGACGCAGAACGCAAUGCGCGUUCAUACGCUGUUAAAAAAAAUACAAAAUUGCACUAAAAAAAUCCACGAAACAGCGAAUCCGCGAAAGGUGAAUGGCGAUAUAGCGAUGGAACACCGUAUUUAGGCUAUUAUAAGAACAAUUCAUGAAUGUAAUAAAGAAAUAAAUAUUUUAAUAAUAACACAUAUGUUAUUUAUAAUAAUCUAAGUUAAAAUAAAACAACAUUAAUAUAAAAUAUAUACAUAUAAUAAUAAUAUUGUAGUAUUAAAGGUAGAAAUACUUAUGUUAACCACUAGAUGUCAGUAAGUCGAACAGCCAUUUGAACAUGAAUGAUUGCAAAACAACACGGUGGUACAUGACUAUACAAUGUGGUGUGUGAACAUAUUGUGAAUGAUGUUAUGAAAAUGUAAUGAUAGCAUAAUUGUAGCAUAAAUGAGCAUGAUGGACACUAUAUACUAUUUUACAGUAGUGUGCUGUAAUUUGAGCAGUGGCGUCGAACGUCUGGCCCAUAGCCUGAUUAGGGCCACACAGAAAAGAAAACAAAGAAAAAGUUACGAGAAAGAAUUUAUGUAUAAUGUAGCGUCGUUAGCCUACAGUAGGUUAUGGCAAUUGGGCAGUGAUCAGUGAAAUUAUAGUUCUGGCAUAAAAACUGCUUCUUAGGUCGUUGCGUUUGGCUUUUAAUGUUUUGAAGUAGUGUGAAAGUGAAAGUAAACAAACAAAAGGAAGUAGUAAUGUCAAAAUAAAACCAUUAACAGCGCUAAGCAGUGCCUAACAGAACCAACACUAUUCUUACAUGGUUGAAAUACUUGUGAGUGCCAGAUGAAAAGGUCAAUAUUUAAAUCUAGAUUUUUAUAGAACUCAAAAUGUUCCAAACUUUAAGGUGCUUGAGAGUGGAGGAGCAGAGAGAGAGUGACUAAUCACUGAUCACAUAUUUUUCAGGGCACAAAAUCACGAUGAAUAACUUAUCUGUAUCUUUAGUCUGCACUGACUCAUUUAGAUUUGUUCCAAUGAAGCCGUGAUAUGCGCUACCGACUUAACUGCAAUCUAAGAGAUAAAUGUAAUAAAGUCACAAUGUGUUGAAAGGACAAGAUCGCGGGUACAAGCGGCCAAAAUGAGUUUUCUCCGUAGGGGGUCUGGGCUCUCCCUUAGAGAUAAGGUGAGGAGAGGAGCCAGAUGAGGUGGCUUGGGAAUCUGGUCAGGAUGCCUCCCAGACGCCUCCGAGGGGAGGUGCUCAGGGCAAUUCCGACCGGUAGAAGGCCUCGGGGAAGACCCAGGACACGUUGGAGAGACUAUAUCUCCCAACUGGCCUGGGGACGCCUCGGGAUCCGCCAGGACAAAGUGGCCGGGGAGAGGAAAAUCUGGGCCUCCCUGCUUAGGCUGCUGCCCCCGCGACCCGAUCUUGGAUAAGCGGUAGAAGAUGGAUGCAUGGAUAGAUGGGUAGAUAUAAUUGUUGGAGCAAAAAUAAAGGCAAUAAUGCAAAAUCCUUUUUUCCAUUUGCAAUAAUAGCAAGGUUAAUAUCGACAGUAUCCAUGCCACAUACUCUAUCUGCCAUUAUCUCUUUCAAAUACUAGUCGUCAAUGAGUGAAUUGUUAUCUCCAUGUCAUUGUGUGCGUCUGUGCUUGUAAUUCAUGUCGACCUUGGCAUGACAACAGAGACAAGUUUAUAUGGCCUCUCCAGGUCUCUCCAUGUUGUAUAUUAACAAGAUGGUGUGUAAAUUGCAGGUGAGUAGCGACUCACAGUGAGAGAGAGGAAGUGACUGUGUAUGAAAACACAUUGUAGGCACACUGGAUGCAAAGACACGGGAAGAUAUACAGCAGAACAUGGAUUCUUUCUCCUAGUGCAAGAAGAUAAAGGCUGGCCAAAAUGGGAACAAGCAGAUGGUUUUUGUGGUGGUCGUUCAUCUUUGGGACUCUUGUGGCGUCAUGUCAGGGCAUCCGACAUUGUCUGAGAGGGAUCUCCAUGAACGUGAUUCUACUGGAUGACGAGCACUCGCCUUGGAGCUUAAAGUUUGUGAGACCACAAAUACUGAAGGCCUUGGAGUCCGAAUCUGGGAUUCAGGAAAAUGACGUGAGACUCAACCUCACAGUCAAAUUUGGUGGUUUUAACACCACCAUCUACCGACAAAGAGGCUGUUCGAGUAGCUCGUGUGAAGGAGUGGCCGAGUUAAGAAACCUGAUGAUUACAGGUAACUUGGGAUGUGCCAUGCUGGGACCCACAUGCACAUUAGCUGCUUUCCACAUGGUUGAUGCUGAGAAGGGUCUCAAACUGAGCACGCCCAUCAUCUCAGCAGGCAGCUUCGGCACCUCCUGCGAUUACACGGUCAACCUGCAGCGCCUACUGCCGCCCGCGCUCAAAGUUUCCCACUUUUUCAUCCACUUCUGGAAAGAACACAACUCCAUCAAGCCGGUGUGGGAGACGGCUUAUGUGUACAAGAAGCAGGAAAACACAGAGGAAUGCUUUUGGUAUAUAAAUGCAUUGGAGGCAGGCAUUUUUGUCCAAAGUGUGGAAAGAACGAUGCUGCGCAAACCAGAAGACCUGCAAACAGUCAUAUCCUCCGACCGGAAGAGGACAAGCAACCUGUUCAUCAUGUGCGGUUCAGUGAUGGAUGUUCUGGAGGCGAAGAAUCUCUCAGCAGAGGCAGACAGCAGUGACAUUCUCUUCAUCCUUAUCGAUCUCUACAAUGACCAAUACUACAUCAACACAACGUCUCUGCCAUCUAUGAAGAAUGUGUUGGUACUCACCAUGCCCAACACCAGAAAUUACACCAUAGACUCAGACCCGGAAAGCAACACCACGAUGAAUGACUACAUGGCUGCGUACCAUGACGCGGUGCUGCUGGUCAGUCGUGCGAUAAGGGAAAUAGCUCACAAAUCUGAGUCAGAUUUUUAUCAGAGGCCAUAUAUUAAUGUGAAUUACCUCAGGAACACCUCAUUUGACGGCAUCGCAGGAAACUACCGGCUAGACAAGCACGGAGACAGAGAUGUGACCCUGUCUAUCAUUUACACCACUAACGACAACGAGUAUCGCACCUUAUUUACCUUUGACACAGAGCACAGCCUGACCACACUGGUUGAGACUGACCCUUCCUUCGUCUGGGGGAACAGGCUUCCCAAUUUCAAGCCAGCUCAAGAGGCAGCAUCACUUGACGUGGUGGUCAUAGUUUUGGCGGUGACUGUGGUGGUCGUGGCCAUCAUUGCCUUCAUCUUCUACAGACAGAACAGGAGAGAUCGUCUGCUGAGGAAACGCUGCUCCGACUCCCACAUCCCCCCUGAGCUUGUCACCCUGCUACAGGACGACUCACUGAACCAAGUCUCUCUGAAGAUUGAAUAUGAGAGGAAAAACAAAGUAUUUAAGAUACGCCGCGCACUCUACGAUAAGAAGAUUGUCAUUCUGAAGGAGCUCAACCACUCAGACGGAAACUUCGAUGAGACACAGAAACUGGAGCUUAACGCUCUCCUCCAAAUUGACUAUUAUAACCUCACAAAGUUCUACGGCACGGUGAAGUUGGAUGAGGGUGUGUUUGGGGUCUUUGAGUAUGGCGAGCGGGGAUCGCUUAGGUAUGUGCUGAAUGACAAGGUUUCCUAUCCAGAAGAGACGUUCAUGGACUGGGAGUUCAAGAUCUCCGUCAUGUACGACAUCGCCAAGGGCAUGUCCUACCUGCAUGCUAGUGACAUCCAGGUGCAUGGACGCCUCAAGUCUACCAACUGUGUGGUGGACAACCGCAUGGUGGUGAAGAUCACCGAUUUUGGCUGCAACUCCUUUCUCAAGCCUGGCAGAGACUUGUGGACAGCACCGGAGCAUCUCAGGAAGCAGGGCACCUCCCAAAAAGGAGAUGUAUACAGCUUCGCCAUCAUUGCUCAGGAGAUAGUUCUAAGAAAAAGCACAUUCUACACUGAAUGCUGCUCUGACCGAGCAGAAAAGCUGUCCAAAGUCAUCAUGUCCUACUUCAGGCCUGAUCUUAAUUUCGACACAACUUCUGAGAAAGAACACGAGGUGUAUAUGCUGAUAAAAAGUUGUUGGGAAGAGGAUGCUGACAAAAGACCCGACUUUAAGAAGGUAGAAAACUGUUUGGGCAAAAUCAUCAGUAAAAUUCACGACAAAGACAAUGAGAGCUAUAUGGACAACUUGAUUCGCCGGCUGCAGAUGUAUUCCAGAAACCUGGAGCACCUGGUGGAGGAGAGAACUGCUCUUUACAAAGCAGAGAGAGAUCGAGCAGACUGCCUCAACUUCAUGCUACUUCCUGGCCCUGUGGUGAAGAGCCUGAAGGAGACGGGCGUGGUGGAGCCUGAGCUGUAUGACGAGGUGACCAUUUACUUCAGCGACAUUGUGGGCUUUACCACCCUGUGCCAGUACAGCACACCGAUGGAGGUUGUCGACAUGCUCAACGACAUCUACAAGGGCUUCGACAGCAUCCUUGACCACCAUGAUGUCUACAAGGUGGAGACAAUAGGUGAUGCCUACAUGGUGGCCUCUGGUCUACCAAGGCGGAAUGGCAACAGGCACGCGGUGGAUGUGUGCCGCAUGGCCUUGGACAUUUUGGCCUUCAUGGGCACCUUCCAGCUCCGACACCUGCCUGGCAUCCCUGUGUGGAUACGCAUUGGUGUGCACUCAGGUCUGUGUGCAGCAGGCGUCGUGGGGAUAAAGAUGCCCAGAUAUUGUUUAUUUGGAGACACGGUCAACACGGCAUCUCGAAUGGAGUCCACGGGACACCCCCUGCGGAUCCACGUCAGUCAGCCCACUAUAAAUAUCCUGACGAGGACAGACUGCAAGUUUGAGUAUGAGAUGAGAGGGGAAACGUAUCUAAAGGGUAAAGGAACAGAGACCACCUAUUGGUUGACGGGUGAGACGGGUGAAGACUAUGACCUACCAACACCACCCACAACGGAGAACGUUCAGCGGCUCCAGCAAGACCUCGCCCACAUGAUCCUGGCCUGUCUGGAGUGCCGCUCCCAAGGCUCAGUGCGCAGAAAGCGGCCACUUUUGGGUCAAAGCCAGGAUGGCCGCACGGAGCGAGAACCUGACGUAGAACCUCCAGAAUACUUACAUCUGGCCACUGUGGACAACACCCUGAGCACCUUCUUGUAGGAUAAACCUUCUGUGAAUAAAUAAGACUUCACUUACUGUUAAGCUUGUCACCCAUGAGCUGAACAAGGAUGGAGAAUGGUCUGGUAAUGUUAGUAUUAGCUAAGUUAACAUAAUUAACGAGAUGCAAAAUAUUACAAAGAAAAUGUUAUUUUUUUAGUAGUAGUGUGGAAACGUGAAAAGUUCAUCAUGAUUGUGACAGCUCAUAUCAAAUAAACGAGAUAUAAGGUGUAUUUUUAAGCCAAAGGGGAAGUCUUUUAUUUUGUCAGAGUAGUGACAUUCAUUUACAUAAAAUACAUCUUUUUGUAGAAUGUUUCUCACCUUGUUGUGUAUAGUACAGUACAUUGAGGCUGUGACUUCAGAAGAAACCCCUGCAUCAAAUAAAACUGUUUUCAAUUCCA